AUGGAGAGUUACAGUUUUACACAAGCCGACUCUUCAAUCAUAGUGGAGUCAGAUGGGCAAUUACGUAUCUGUGCAAGAAAUGAUAAACAUGUGGGGUCUCACGGCUUUUGGAAUGGGGAUAAUCCACUCGAUUUCGUGCUUCCUGUCACCUUGGUCCAAAUCGUCUUGGCCAUUGUUGCUUCUCAGCUCGUUUACUUUCUUCUUCGCCCUUUUCGAACUCCCAGAUUUGUCUGCAGCGUCCUUGGAGGCAUGUUGCUAGGGCCUUCGUUUCUUGGGCACAGCAGCAAAUUCGGGAACACUUUAUAUCCACCGAGACAAGCCGUGUUUCUGGGAACGGCGUCUACGAUCGCCGGUGCCUAUUUCAUCUUCAUCGCCGCACUACAAAUGGACGUAACCACCACCUUAAGAGCAGCAAAACGAACUUGGAGAUUCGGGAUCGUACCUUUCCUCUCUUCUCUAACCGUUGUUUCAAGCCUCGUCUAUGCAAAUGACAGAUCGCUCCCAAACAUAAGAUCUCCUAGCCUUCGUACCUUCUUCAGCGCCAUAAUGUCAUUUAGUAACUUCAUCGUCAUUUCCGAUUCCUUAAAGGAACUCAAUCUCGCAUCAUCGGAACUGGGCCAAAUUGCUCUGUCUUCCGCUAUGAUCAAUGCCACCAUGCAAUGGCUAACCUUUUUACUUAUGUCAUUCGUGAGGACCACCGAUUUAAAACAUUCCGUUGAGUAUUUGAUCUGCUACUGGCUAUUAAUAUACUUCUGUAUAUUUGGCAUACGACCAAUAAUGCUGAUGAUUGCAAGGAACACACCAGUAGGUAAACCAGUGAAAGAAGUGUACAUAAUGCGUAUUCUAGCUGGGGUCUUAUUCAUGGCAGCUGCGGCAGAUGUGAUGGGCUUAUCCUUUCUUCAGGGUCCUUUGCUUUUUGGUUUGAUCAUGCCCAAUGGACCCCCUUUAGGCACAACAUUAAUAGAGAAGACGCAAAAUAUAAUGGCGGAUUUUCUCAUGCCUCUCUUCUUCAUUUACAUAGGAACCAAUUCAAACAUCUACGAGCUUCAGAGAUGGUCGGAAAUCACGACGCUUUUCUGGAUUAUACUCGUUGGGUACGUAGUGAAGGUGCUUGCUUCCUCAUGCUCGACUGGAAAUAUCUACCAAGCAUGGAGGGAUGAAGAUGAGGAUGAUCCAAGACACUGUAAGAAACUCAGUUCCGCAUUAUUUCAUGUGUAUAUAACGAGGGACAUGUACACAGCCACGUGGCACUUCUGGAAACUUGCAACCACACAGAGCCCAAUUUGCACCUACAUGGUGCACUUUGUGGAACUGCUGGGGAAAAGUACACCUUUUCUGCUGCCCUUGGACCGCAAACGCAUGAGAAAAACUUUGUCCAUCAAUUACCCAAACACUAAUCAUAUAGUGCGAGCCUUCGAGAACUAUGCCCAAAACUCUAAUGGUCAGGUCAAGGCUCGGCCUUAUGUCAACGUUGCUCCUUACAAGCAAAUGCACGAGGCCAUAUGCAACUUGGCACAGGUCGAGAACGUACCUUUCCUCAUUAUACCCUUUCACGAAAAUAAUCAAACACUUGGUAGUCACAUGAUAUCCUCCAUUCACGAUCUGAAUUCCAACUUCCAACUUUACGCACCCUGCACCGUGGGAAUCCUCGUGCGAUAG